GGAUGCUGCUGGGUGCCGGCCCUCGGGGCGCGAGAGCGGAGCCUGCGCCGGCGGGGCGGGGGAGGCGCGGCCGCGGGAGGCGGGGGACCAAGGCCGCGCCCCCGCGCCUGUCCCGCCCGCGUCCCGCGGGGGGCGGCCCGCCCCGAGCCGGCCGAGGCUCUUCCGCGCCGGCAGGGGCAGCAGCGGGAGCGGCGCGGGGCGGAGCGGCGCGAGCAGCCAGGAGCGGCCCGGCCCGGCGCGGCGGCGGCAGCGGCGACACCAGAGCCCGAGGGCGCCGUUCGCGAGGCGGCCGCAGGCGCCUGGCCGCAGCGCGGGGAGCCCGGGGGCCCGGAGGCUGCCGCCAUGCCGCUGCUCUUUCUCGAGCGCUUCCCCUGGCCCAGCCUCCGCACCUACACGGGCCUCAGCGGCCUGGCCCUACUCGGCACCAUCGUCAGCGCCUACCGCGCCCUCAGCCGGCCCGCCGCGGAGUCCAGCGAGCCCGAGCCGCCAACGGCCCAGCUCCAGCCCGGCGCGCCCGUCCCGCCGGACGCCGGGGGCCCCGGGGCCCGCCAAGUGGCCGAGUACCUGCUCUCCGACAGCCUCUUCGUGUGGGUUCUGGUCAACACCGCUUGCUGUGUUUUGAUGUUGGUGGCUAAGCUCAUCCAGUGUAUUGUGUUUGGCCCUCUUCGAGUGAGUGAGAGACAGCACCUCAAGGACAAGUUUUGGAAUUUUAUUUUCUACAAGUUCAUUUUCAUUUUCGGUGUGCUGAAUGUCCAGACUGUGGAAGAGGUGGUGAUGUGGUGCCUGUGGUUCGCUGGUCUGGUUUUCCUGCAUCUCAUGGUUCAGCUUUGCAAGGACCGAUUUGAAUAUCUUUCCUUUUCUCCUACCACACCGAUGAGCAGCCAUGGGCGAGUCCUGUCUCUGUUGAUUGCCAUGCUGCUUUCCUGCUGUGGACUGGCGGUUGUCUGCUGUGUCACGGGCUACACUCAUGGCAUGCACACUCUGGCUUUCAUGGCUGCAGAGUCUCUUCUUGUGACAGUGAGGACUGCUCACGUGAUUUUACGCUAUGUAAUUCACCUUUGGGACCUCAACCAUGAAGGGACCUGGGAAGGAAAGGGCACCUACGUCUAUUACACGGAUUUUGUUAUGGAGCUCACUCUCUUGUCCCUGGAUCUCAUGCAUCACAUUCACAUGUUGUUAUUUGGCAACAUCUGGUUAUCCAUGGCCAGCCUGGUCAUCUUUAUGCAGCUGCGUUACCUGUUCCAUGAGGUGCAGCGUCGAAUCCGUCGGCACAAGAAUUAUUUGCGUGUGGUGGGAAACAUGGAAGCCAGGUUUGCAGUUGCAACUCCAGAAGAGCUAGCUGUCAAUAACGACGACUGUGCAAUUUGCUGGGAUUCCAUGCAGGCUGCAAGGAAGCUGCCCUGUGGCCAUCUUUUUCACAACUCCUGCCUUCGAUCCUGGCUAGAACAAGACACCUCCUGUCCGACAUGCAGAAUGUCUCUUAAUAUUGCUGACAACAACCGUGCCAGGGAAGACCACCAAGGAGAGAACCUGGAUGAGAAUUUGGUUCCUGUGGCAGCUGCGGAAGGCAGACCUCGCUUAAACCAGCACAAUCACUUCUUCCACUUCGACGGGUCCCGGAUUGCAAGCUGGCUGCCGAGUUUUUCAGUGGAAGUGAUGCAUACUACAAACAUUCUUGGCAUUACACAGGCAAGCAACUCCCAGCUUAAUGCCAUGGCUCAUCAGAUUCAGGAGAUGUUCCCCCAGGUUCCAUACCACCUCGUGCUGCAGGACCUCCAGCUUACACGCUCUGUCGAGAUAACCACCGAUAACAUCUUAGAAGGACGGAUUCAAGUACCUUUCCCCACACAGCGGUCAGAUAGCAUUAGACCUGCACUGAACAGCGCGGUGGAAAGGCCCAGCUCCGAGCAGGAAGAGGGAGAAGCCUCUGCACAGACCGAGCGCGUGCCCCUGGACCUCAGCCCCCGUCUGGAGGAGACCCUGGACUUCAGUGAGGCGGACGUGGAGCCCAGUGAGAUGGAGGACUUUGAGGCUCGGGGCAGCCGCUUCUCCAAGUCUGCUGACGAGAGGCAGCGCAUGCUGGUCCAGCGCAAGGACGACCUGCUGCAGCAGGCGCGGAAGCGAUUCUUGAACAAGAGCUCUGAAGACGAGUCUGCCUCCGAGAGCCUCCUGCCCUCCGAGGGCGCGUCCUCCGACCCCGUGACCCUGCGCCGGAGGAUGCUGGCCGCCGCAGCCGAGCGGAGACUGCAGAAGCAGCAGACCUCCUAGCGGCCCCUCCGCGGCGCCUGCGCCCGAGCCCAGGCCACAUGGGAAGAGGCCGGCGGCAGAGCCCAGCGUCCACGGGGCCCGGGCAAAGCGUGAGGCCUUCAUAGUGUUUGGACAGCUGACAGUUGAAUCCUUCUUUACAGCCCUUUCUAUGUGACGUUGCUCUUCCCCCAGGAACCCUGCGCUUUGUAACUCCAGGCAGGACCUCUGCUGGCCUUGACUGGACUUGCGGGGGGCACAGGGGUGGGGGUGACCCCUGCCCAGAGCAGCACCUUCCACCGCUGCUCUGUUGCAACUCACAGCUGAGCCGGUGCCUUGGCAUCACAGGGAGUAACCCCAGGAAUGCUCGCCUUGUGAGCAAGCAUUGGAAUGUUCCAGAAGCCAGAGCCGCAAGUUCCUGAACCUCAGACUCAGCAGGGCAUCUUCUAGAAAGAAUUGCUGGUUUGCUACCUGGAGCAGAAGGAGCGGGGGCUUCAGAGUGCAAGAUCCCUUUCCAUCCCACGACACUGGACUAACCGAGCCCCACUGCAGCUGGGUUUGCUUCAGCUCAGGCCGGUGCUGCGGCAUUUCCCACCCCCCCCCACGUCGGGGUCCCCCCCCCCACCUUGCUUUCCUCCCACCCCUGUGAAUAUGAGAAGAGGUUAAGCAGCAAACUUUGGUUGUGGUUUGAAUUCCUUGGUGAACGCCAAAGCCUGUGGGGUUGGUCCUUGGAGGAGGUGUGCGCCCUGCGAGAGGGCGCAGCACGUGUUAGAGGGCACUGUUGGGGAAACGAGGUUCCUUGCUCCUCCCUGGAGCUUUUCCUGCGGGCUUCAUUAGAUGUAGAAAGGCAAGGCGUGGAACCACUGGCCAUGAACAGAAUAGAUCCCAAUCAGCAGUUCUUCCCAGUUAACUCCAAGGAUUUGAACCGCAGAGGUCACACAGUUCUGUCCCACUGUUUUUUUAAUGUUUGAAAGCAUAGUUUUAUGGUAGUCCUUUCGGGAAGAAUCCAGUAUUACCUAAAAUGAUUGGCAAAGUUAAAUGUAUUUUACAUAACAGGAAGCUUUUAGGAUGUUGACAAUUGAGAUAAAGGAUGAUAGGUAAAUAUGUAGGCAGAGAUAAUUUAUUUCAAUAAAUCUUUCAAAAGCCUUACCUUGAAAUGCCA